GGAGAUUGCGGCACGGGAGAGAAGGCUGCGCAGCGAGGGGACAGAAGGGCUGAGCACGGUUGCGGCCGGUCUGUAGUGAGGCCGAAGAGCUCAGGUGGGAAUCUUCAGAUUUUGGAAGAGAAGGAACGGUGGAGCAGGACCGGUUCUUUCACGCUAUUUGUGCGUUAUCCGGCCCGGCUAAUCCUAGGGGAUUGUUCACAACUUGAAUUCCAGUGGCACAACAAUCUGAGCCAAAACUAAUCGUAUUACUCCGGAGGAAAUAGGGUGUCUUGUAUAUUGUUUGCCAAUGUUGAUUUAGCACCUGCCUCUUAUUGUUGGAUGUCAUUGUGUGGAAUGUUGUGUUCCCGUUUGUUGUGAUUUCUAGCAGAUGUAAGGUUUUUAUACUUGAAUAUACAAAAUGCGCAUUCUCAUACAGUUCACUAAGAGACACCCGUGGCUGACCAACGUCACCAUUUAUGGCUCCCUUUUCGCCUCGGCCGACAUUGUGCAGCAGAAACUGUCCAAAAGCCCAACGGAGCCCAUCGAUUUUAAACAGACUGCAAAAGUGGGACUUGUGGGGUUCUGCUUCCAUGCCAAUUUCAACUUCUUCUGGUUGAGAUUUAUAGAGAGGACGUUUCCAGGCUCAGCUCCACUAAAUGUCAUCAGGAAGGUGGCGUGUGAUCAGCUGAUGGCUGCACCAAUCACAAUCAGUGCUUUCUAUACAGGCUUGAGUCUUCUGGAUGGAGAAAGAGACGUCUUUAAGAACCUGAAAGAGAAAUUCUGGCCAACUUAUAAGACAGGAGUAAUGUGCUGGACAGUAUUUCAGACCAUUAACUUCAGCGUGAUUCCCCCGUUUGUCCGAACUGCCUAUAUUGGAGUAUGUGCCUUUUUGUGGACCACAUUCCUCUGCUACAUCCGGAACCGAGACAUAAAUGAAGUGACUACGAGGCUCCUCCAUGCCGUACCCAACAUACGCGGUAAAAUGGCUUUCCCACAGGACCAGGAUGACAACAAACCAGCUGAUAAAUAAUAAUAAUACAGUUCUUUAGCAUAUUACUUGAAAUAAACUAAUCCUUCUGGAUAUUUGUUUGUGGGAUAUAUUUAAAUCCUUAGUACUUCUACCAAGAAGAAUAGUCUCCGUUAAAGGGGGUUAUUUAUUAAAGUCCGAAUGACAAAAACUUGAAAAAUUCAAGUUUCUUUUUACAAUAAAAGGGAAUUUUUAGUGGGAAAACAAAACUAAAAUGUUUCAAGAUUAAUUUUACCGCGAGGAUGGAAAAAUACCGAAUCCGGAAAUCCAGGAUCUCAGACCUGCCGAGGUUGUAUAUAAGUCAAUGGGAGAGGUCCCUAUGCUAUUUGGAAGUUUCUGUGGUCUGUGCUAAAAUUAGCCUGAAAAUCCAUCUAUUUAUGACUUUUCAGGCAAAAUUACGGAAAAAUUUGGGUUUUCCGGAAUAAAGCCUGAAAAAAUCGAGUGAUUCUGGAAAAAAAAACUCCAAAAAAUCAAAAGAUUCGGUUUUAUCGAGUUUAUCGGUUGCAUCUUUUUUUUAAAUAAAUAAGGUCACAUCUUGCAUUCUAGUUUGGUCGUAUUUGUUUAUUUAAAUAGUCAGAAAAAUUCGGAUUUUGAUAAAUAAGGCCCUUAAAGGGAUUCUGUCAUAAUUUUUAUGAUGUCGUUUUUAUUUCUAAAUUACACUGUUUACACUGCAAAUAAAUCACUCUACAAUAAAAAAAUUUAUUCCUGAA